GUCAGGAAGUCACGGGCAGAUAUAUCGACAGAUUUAAGGCGGCGAUCGCAUACCGGCAGCAGCUCGAUCCCCGAGAUAAGUUGAUCGGUCUCCACUGUUUGUUUCUCUUGUGUUGGAAAAUACAAGGGACAAGAUGAACGGGUUAACCAUUUUACUACUUUUGGGAUUUUCGGCCGCAGCCUUUGGCGGCCAGUUCGGUCAAUAUGGGGGUGGCAUUGGAGGCGGAUAUGUGGGCGGUAUCGGCGGUGCUUAUGGCGGGUUUGAUGGAGGAUUUGGUGGAUUCGAUGGAGGUUACGGGAAGGGUGGCUACGGAAAGCAUACCGUUAGCACAAAGAUCAUUGAGAAGAAAGUACCAUACCCAGUCCAUGUGCCAGUAGACAGGCCAGUGGUAAAAUAUGUGCCAGUUCCGGUGGUCAAGCACGUUCCUGUGCCAGUUGUUCAGAAGGUUCCUCAGCCUGUGCCGGUGAUCCAGAAGGUGCCAGUUGUUCAAACUGUUACUAAGCAUGUCCCUGUACACGUAGACCGACCCUACCCUGUCCCCGUUGAGAGGAAGGUCCCAGUGCCAGUUCAUGUACCAGUUCCCGUCCAUGUACCCAAGCCAUACCCAGUUCACGUGCCCAACCCAGUUCCUGUCCACGUGCCAGUGAAGGUACCCGUUCCUGUGCCUCAGCCCGUGCACAUCGUGCAGACACAGAAAGUACCUGUGCCCGUGCCAGUUGACCGCCCCGUAUACGUCGAGAAACAAGUCAAAGUCCCAGUCGCUGUGCCCCACCCAGUCCCUGUACCCAAGCCUUACCCAGUCCAGGUCGCUGUGCCAGUUCCUCACCCAGUCCAUGUCCCAGUGCACGUGCCAGUUGACCGCCCAUACCCAGUUGUUGUUGACCGAAAGGUGCCCGUUCCUCACCCAGUUCACGUGCCAGUCCCAGUUGAGAGAAAGGUCCCUGUCCCGGUCCCAGUCAUUCAGACUAAGCACGUACCCGUCCCUGUGCACGUUGCAGUCCCAGUUCCCCAGCCUGUCCAAGUGAUCAAGAACGUCCCAGUCCCCGUUCCUCAGCCUUACCCAGUUGAGAGACCUGUCGCUGUACCAGUCCACGUCGAAAGGAAGGUACCGGUCCCAGUACACGUACCGGUGAAGCAACCUUACCCCGUGCAUGUCCCAGUUCACGUACCGGUUAAGCAACCAGUCCCUGUGCCCGUUGUGCACACUCAGGUCGUCCAGAAGAAGGUCCCCUACCCUGUGCAUGUCCCAGUUGCUGUUCCAGUCAAAAAGGCGAGCUACGGAGGAUACGGCGGUUCCUUCGAUGGUGGUUUUGGCCCCCUCAGUGGUGGGGUUGGUGCAAUCGGUGGUAGCGUUGGAGCCAUCGGUGGUGGUGUUGGUUCAAUCGGUCUCGGUGAUUACGGUUACGGUGGUGCUGUUGGCGGAGGAUACGGCGGUUCCUUCGAUGGUGGUUUUGGCGCCCACAGUGGUAGUGUUGGUGCAAUCGGUGGUAGCGUUGGAGCCAUCGGUGAUGGUGUUAGUGCAAUCGGUCUCGGUAAUGGUGUCAUCGGUGGUGGCAUAUACUAAAAUCUCAUUGGUAGACCGCUGAAGACCCGAGAGUGUACCUUUGAUGGGCAAGGCGAAAUUUAUGCUUCAGAAUGGGUUUUAGGGAAACAAUUAUUUUUUGAUGUCAAGUUAUUGUUAUUAUUUAUAACUUUAUUUUAAAACAAUUUUUUGUUUCUUGGUUAAAAUUAUAUUCCUGUUUUUAAAAUAAAAAGAAUUACCAUUUGAAUAACAUAACUGCUGCUGGUUAGAAAGUAAAAAUAAACUUAUUUUUUAUUUUUAUUUUAAAAUUAUAAUCGUUCCUUCUAAUCAACACAAUAUAUAAUCAAACAUUUACCCGCACACAAGUCAGUUGUGCACAUAUGCAAAACUUAAUUUAUUUAUCAGAAAAUGAUUUUACUUAUAACAGGAACAAGCAAGUCUAUUUCGAUAAACAUGUAUUUAACAUAAGACACGAAUAUUGAAUAAUGUUUCUUUAAGCGUUCAUAUUUCCAUGAACACUUUAUUCAAAUAAGCAACGCAAUUCUAAAAGAAGUAAAAUACAACCUUCCAAUGACACCAUGUAAACUAGUAUUUUCUUGAAUUAAUUUCGUUUUACAAACGUGUUUAUAUAAAAUAAAUACAUCGUUGAAUUGUCAAAUACAUUGUGCUAAUUAAUAGUAUAGAUUAUUAAAUUGCAGAUAUGUAUACUAGCUUUACGUUAUGCAAUUGUUGAUAAAUUGUAACUGAUUGGUAAUUGUAUAUUCAAUAUGCAAUUAUCUGACCUAUUCAUUAUGCAAUAAAACGACCCCAGCAUUGAUUCAUACGUCAGUAUAUUUCGUUGAUAUUUCGUGAACGGCUAAAUCAAUGCCUGUUUGUACAAAUAUCUCUGACAAAUAUAGAUUAAGAUAUAGAAAUAGACAGAAAGUCAAACAAAUACUAGUGGCUGCACAAAGUCAAGUUACGUUAAUUUUUCGCAAACGAUUGUUUAAGCCAAGACAGUCAUAAGAAAAUGCAAAGUAAAGAGGAAUUUGUUUGACAAGUAGAAGUAGUUGUGCCAGAUUAUUCAUAGCAUUUAUUUACAAAUAUGUUCAUAUCGUUUUGUCUGUACGAGCGUUUCUAAUUAAAAAAUUAUAAUGCGUUUGUACUAUUGUGAUCCAAAUAUUUAAAUAUUUAUUUGACAAAAAGGCAUCAUGUAAAUCUAGUUUAAAAUUAACAUUCGCAAAUGCAGUGUACAGAUGAAUAAAAUGGAAAAAAAAGA